AUUAAUACUAAAAGCCCAAUUCAACUACUAGUAAAGCUAAUGUUUCUCCCUGUUCCACCGCCAUUGCACCUAUUUUAUAAUAUAUAAUAAACCUCAUUCCCGUCAGAUUUCAAGCCCCUCCCUAGCUCCUAUCAUUUUAUAAAUGGUCCCAUUUUGUGUUUAACUCUAAACAUCCUUCCAAUUUUUGAAGCUAGCCAAAUGGAGUCUCUUUAUCCCUUCUCUGCAACUGUUAUGGUCACCAUACUCUCCUUUAUAACUUGGUUCAUAUACUCUUCAUUCAGGACUUCAAGAAAGGCAUGCAAGAAGAGAGCACUGCCAGAACCCGCUGGUGCUUGGCCUGUUAUUGGCCACCUUCGUCUCCUAGCAGGCUCACAGCCUCCUCACGUAAUCCUGGGAAAACUAGCUGACAAGUACGGCCCCAUAUUCACCAUCAAGCUUGGUGUCCAUCGAGCAGUGAUCGUAAGUGAUUGGAAGAUUGCUAAGGAGUGUUUCACUUCCAAUGACAAAGCUUUUGCUAAUCGUCCAAAGGGGCUUGCUAUGGAAAUUUUAGGCUAUGACUACUCCAUGAUUGCGUUCAGUCCUUAUGGCGAAUACUGGCGCCAAAUUCGUAAGAUAGUUACUCUUGAACUUCUGUCCAAUCAUCGGCUUGAGAUGCUGAAGCAUCUGAGGGAUGCUGAAGUCAAGGCUGCCAUAAAAGGGCUAUACCAGGAAUGGAUCAAGAACAAAAGUAACAACGAUAAGCUUAAGAUAGAGAUGAAGAGAUGGUUGUGGGACAUAACUUUAAAUGUAAUACUUAAGAUUAUUGUAGGGAAGCGAUAUGUGGAGUAUGCAAAUGUUGGUGAGGGUCAAGAGAGUGAUGCGUGGAGAGAAGCUAUGAGGGAAUUUAUGGAAUUGUCAGGAGUAUUUGCAGUAUCAGAUGCGUUGCCAUAUUUAAGGUGGUUGGAUUUAGGGGGAGUGGAAAGGAAGAUGAAGAAAGUCUUGAAACAACUGGACCCUGUUAUUGAAGAAUGGUUAGAAGAACGUAAGCAGAAGAAAGGAGCUAGCGUAACAAAGGGUGAGGAAGAUUUCAUGGAGGCUCUGUUGUCCAUACUGAAUGAUUCAAAAGAGCUUUCCAAUCGAGAUGUUGAUACCAUCAACAAAGCUACGUGCCUGUCUCUCAUUUUAGCUGCCUCGGACACCACAACAAUUACAAUGACUUGGGCUUUGUCGUUACUACUAAAUAAUCGUGAUGUCCUCAAGAAGGCUCAAAAUGAAAUAGACGUCCAUGUUGGUCGACAAAGGCAAGUGAAGGAAUCAGACACCCAGAGUUUGAUUUACCUUCAAGCUAUUAUCAAAGAAACCUUCAGACUAUAUCCUGCUGUGCCACUACUGGUGCCCCAUGAAUCCAUGGAAGAAACUGUUAUUAAUGGCUACCAUAUUCAACCAAAAACUCGCCUAUUCAUAAAUGCUUCGAAAAUUCAUAAAGACCCAAGUGUGUGGCAGGAUCCUGAGAAAUUUCAGCCAGAGAGGUUUCUAACUACUCAUAAGGACGUUGAUUUCAAGGGCCAAAACUUCGAGUUGAUACCCUUUGGCAGUGGAAGAAGAAUUUGCCCUGGAAUCUCAUUUGCUCUUCAAGUUUUGAACCUAACGCUGGCUAGUUUUCUGCAUGCAUUUGAAGUCGAAACUUUAUCAGAGAGUCCUAUUGAUAUGAGUGAAUCAGCUGGAUUGACCAACUCCAAGGCCACCCCAGUGGAAGUUUUUGUUACUCCACGCCUUCCUGCCUAUUUGUAUUAGAAGAAAUUUUAUAAUAGAAUUGUUAUAUGUAUGUCUACUCUAAUGAAUACUAAGUACUGUAAUAACUACUACUACGUACCUAAGUGAUACUGUAAUAACAUUUUUCCCUUGGAGAAAUGUUGCAUCAUGUAAUAAAACAUUGCAUGUAUCUGCUGUGGACAAACUAUACAUGCUUUAUAUUUACCCUAUAAUAACAUGUCUUCCUAGUUAGUUACUUUUUC